AUAGUCCUUUACGCCGAUAACACGCGGUGUUUUCGCGACGUCUCGGCUGUCAGUCGCCGCGACAGGCGCCGCGAUUCUGUGUUCGAUCGGCCGGAGCGAGUGUCUUCCUCGGUUAUACGGUCUCCUUGGACUCCGACGGGCGAAAUACUGGCGCAUCCUCGCUGCACCGACGGCCAUAAUAAUCGGCGUGUUAUCGAGAAACGGACCGGUGCACCCUGUCUCCGUAGCCUGCACUCGGACUCCGAUAGUCGGCUCCGCCGAUCCUUCGUCAACGAGAGGAGGCUGCUCUCGGUAUCCCCGGGCUGUUAAUCGCGUUAUCUUCAUUGGGAUCGCUCCUGCAUUCGAUACAGGCCAGCUCCUCCCGACAUGAUAACGCCGACCGGCCUCUUCUGCACGCGUUCCGAUCGGUACUCGAGCAGAUAGCGGGGCCGAGGAACCUGCUCCGAGUCCCUUAUCAAUGAAAUUGUCCGGGCCGCGAGUCCUGCUCGCCGCGCUAAGUGAUUCCUAGCCGAUCCUUUUCAUUAUAUUGAGCAGCCUUCGCGAUUCCCGGAGCGCUCGGUUCCGGCCAAGGCACCCGGCAUGCAUUCCGAUCGAUCGACCAUCGAGCCGGCAAUCUGCAUACAUUUCCUCCUGAUGCUCCUAGUUUGUCUGUCGGGCUGCGUGGAAGGCAGGAGAUGCGUGUGCACCAGCAAGGCCUGCAAGGAGGCAGGCGUCGACACCUGCAAGACCAAGUUCUCUUGCUACACGGAGCUCAUACUCACCGGGGACCAGACGCUCGGCGAGAAUGCUACCACCAGGGGGUGCACCGAGGGUGCCACGCCAUUGUUGUGCGAGACAAAGUCCUGGGUCACGAGGUCGAAGCCGGCAGACAACGCGGACCGAUCGCCGUCGGCAGCCUGGAUCCGUAUGCCCUGGCCCAGAUUGAAGUGUUGCGACAGCCACGACUACUGUAACGCCGACAGCCACGUGAACUUCUCCACGUGGACCAGCGACAAAGACAGCGCCGUGGACCCCGCGGCCACCACUUCAGACUAUACCGGCUCGUUGAACGGAUUAUCCUCCGAUCGGAACACAAUGGGAUCGAUCCAGACCGAGCCGGGGCUGACGGCCGGUGGCCGGGAAUCGGAUCAGCUUCUUCAGAGCCGCGUGAAGCCGUUGCACGUCGCCGCCCUGGUGCUGGCGAUCGCAGCCCUGAUAUCGGUCCUAGCAGCCUGCUACGUUAUUACAAGCGGUCCGAAAACUGUUUUCUUGACCCGGGCUCCCGAGCAAUUUGCAUNGAUCAAAGGACGAACGAUGUUCCAACGAUGUGUUCUCUGUUCAGGCUCGUUGAACGGAUUAUCCUCCGAUCGGAACACAAUGGGAUCGAUCCAGACCGAGCCGGGGCUGACGGCCGGUGGCCGGGAAUCGGAUCAGCUUCUUCAGAGCCGCGUGAAGCCGUUGCACGUCGCCGCCCUGGUGCUGGCGAUCGCAGCCCUGAUAUCGGUCCUAGCAGCCUGCUACGUUAUUACAAGGUUCCUCAAGGCGAAUCCGUACACCGUGGGCAGCGUCGAGUGACCGCCACCUGUAUGGUCCCUCCAGAGCGUACCUGGUCCAAGGCUGCGCACAGCCUCGUCGACGAGACGGAUCAAGCAGGGUGAUGGAUGCACCGUGGCGAACGGAUCCCACGGGACGUCCAGUUUCGAGAGUCAUCGAGCGCAUGACGGGGCACGCCGGGGGACAGUUCCCAGCAAACAAGCGUGAAUCUUUUGUUUCGAGUAUGAGUAACCCUCGAGUCCCGUCGACGAGGGUUCCGGAGAGGCCCGAACCAGGUGCUUCGGCUGUCUUCGCGCAAUUAGUCAUCCUCGGUGGCCGUGUAACACGGAGGAAUCGGAUGACGAGAGAGUAAAAGAGAGGGUGACUGUACGCCGGUGGACUGAUAAGUCGGACGCUUCUGGGAGAGUAAAUUUCAACGGUGGCCGAGAACCGUCGAAGCCGGCGUGCGCGUCGCCAACGUGAUAAGAUAACGCGCGCACAGGCGAACUGCAUUCCCGUUUAGACCCGUUUUAUAUUUUAUUCACUGCUCUAGGGUAGAUGGUACCGGUCGUGGCCGGUGCACCAUCUCCGGCCGUCGCUAUAUUACUAUUCAUAUUUUCUUCCUUGAACUUGGCUACGGUUCCUAGACGAUCAGCAGAAUGCAAAUUGACAGCAAAAGGGAUAAAACGGUAGAAAGCUGAUGAAACAAGGAAAAACAGAUUAGAAGUAAAAUGAAGGAAAUUGGAAGUAAAGCAGAGUACGAAGAAUGAAAGAAAACGUAAAAGAACAACGCGAACAAAAUUUCUUAGUCAUAUUGUUACUUUGAAAUGUGGAAAUGCGAGGUGUUUCGAACAUUCUGCUGCAUGCUAAUCUCUUACGUUCUUUCCUAUUGCAAAUUUAUGAGGUGGCCAGAAACGGCACUGAACGUAGCCGGAUCUGCUGUACAAGCGGCCACGUACGGUGAAAAACAAGUAUUUUGCUAUUUUUGUACUGUGGUAAUUCUCGAAUCACUUUGUUACCCUGUUGCAAGUCUCUCGAACUGACGCUUAGAUUUUCCACAAAAGUGGACAAUUUGGGAAGAGGAGAUGCGAUUAUUCG